AUGUCGCUAAAGGGCUUCCGCCACAAGAAGCUACUUGAAUUCAACUCAGACAGGUUGGUGUACAGGAUCGAUAGAGAGGAGAAGGACAUCUACACCAAGAUGAAGGCGAACAUUGCUGGUGGUCCUUCUAUCAUCUUCAACAGAUACGCGAAACGCAACGAGACCAAGAUUCGAGGGGGUAGGAUCUGCAAAAAGAUCAUCGGCUGA